AUGAAAAUAAUCGUACAAAGUUCGGGUUCAUUACUGUGGAUACAACCUGAUGAUUUAUUAGUAAAUUUAACCGAAGCUCGUUCAGUAGUUGAGUCAUUACUUGGUCGCCUUGGUGAUAUGUUUAAAGAUACACAUAUUGUCGGCAACGCUCUGGGGUCCGCCUUACUGGCUGGUUUCAAAUUAAUUUGUUACAAUCUUAGUUUACCAAAUAUCAAUCCAGGUCAAUUGAAACCUCGAGAAGAUUCUAAAGCAUUGGGGACACCAAAAGUAUUUUGUGCAUUACCUUAUGGUAUCGAAAGAGUAUUUGGGGCAUUAAAUUUAUAA